CGCUGCAAAUAACAGGUGAAAGAGUCUACGAAAAUAUUGACAGGGAUUCACAGGAGAUUCACAGGAAGUAGUACGUUUUUACUUUCACUUUUAAUUUAUUAUGCCUGAUAAUCGAGCAAGGUACGUGGCCACAAUACUACAAGCAUUUAUUCUUGGUGCUGUAACGUAUUACGGCGUAAAAUGGUUAAUGGACGCCAUGGACCCCACGAAAAAAAACCGCCUGGCUGCGCAAAAGCAGGCUCAAAAGCUCUUAAAGAAAAUUGGCAUUGAAGGAGUGAAGUUAAGUGAAUAUGAGCUCACAGUAGCAGCAGAUAUUGUGGAUCCUUUAAUUCUCCCAAUCACAUGGAAGGACAUAGGAGGUCUUAGAGAAACUAUAGAGGAAAUCAAGGAGUCAGUGAUUUUCCCAAUACAACAAAAGGAUAUUUUCAAAAAUUCUACUCUUCUUAGUGCUCCUAAAGGUGUUUUAUUACAUGGUCCUCCAGGGUGUGGAAAGACAAUGAUAGCCAAGGCAACAGCAAAAGAAGCAGGCUGUCGAUUUAUCAACCUUCAAGUGUCCUCAUUGACUGACAAAUGGUAUGGAGAAUCACAGAAACUUGCUGCUGCUGUCUUUUCAUUGGCUGUCAAACUACAACCUUGUAUCAUAUUUAUUGAUGAGAUAGACUCUUUUCUUAGGAUGCGGGAUAAGAGUGAUCAUGAGGCCACAGCAAUGAUGAAGGCACAGUUUAUGAGCUUAUGGGAUGGACUGAUGACUGAUUCAACUUGUCAAGUUGUUGUGAUGGGUGCAACAAACAGACCUCAAGAUGUUGACAAAGCCAUUUUGAGAAGAAUGCCAUGUUCUUUUCAUGUUGGAUUGCCAGAUGCAGAACAGAGGAAAGAUAUAUUAAAAAUUAUUCUCAAGAAAGAAAAGCUUAAUGAUGAUGUGGAUCUUGACAAAUUAGCCACACUAACUGAAGGAUACUCUGGAAGUGGACUGAAAGAAAUAUGCCGAGUUGCUGCUAUGUCUUGUGUGAGAGAUUAUGUGAAAAAAAAGAACAACCCUCAAAUGCAGGACAGCAUACAAGAUGAAAAUGGCCAACCACAUAUUCGGCCAAUUGAAAUGGAUGAUCUCUUACUUGCUUUGGAAAAAUGCAAACCAAGUGCAACACUUCAGAGAUGACAACAGUUUCCCUGCGCAUUUGGCUGUGGGAAGAAAAACUGGCCACAAUGAAGUAAAAGGCCAGUCCUGGACACAGAAAAAAGGAGCUUGCAAGUUAGAGCAAAGAAAGGAAUAUGGCAUUUAGGAAUAUUGUUAAUCCUGAAUGUAGAAAAGAAUCUCUGACAAAAGUCGGUCAAGAGGUUUUAAGGAAGUUUGCAAGUUUGAAUUAUAGAAUAUUUGUCUAAAACAACACUGUCAAUUUUUAUUUGAAAAGCAUAAAAAACUGUUCUGAACAGAACUUUUGAUGUCUGAACUGCAGACUUAUUGUCGUGAUUGCCGUUUUUUCUACAUUUUAAAAUGAUAACUAUGACCUCUGUCUUGUUCUUCCUCAUUUAGUUUCUGCCUGGGCACUUCCCAAGAGGCCUGAGUUUAUAAUUCAGGUUCGGUUGUUGUUGUUGUUGUUGUUGUAGUUGUUGUUGUUGUUGUUGUUGUAGUUGUUGUUGUUGUUGUUGGUUCAACCCAAAUCCCCUUCAGUGCCCUAAAGUACAAGUGUUGGUGUAAGUUUUCCACAUGUAGGCUGCAAGAACUAACUGACAAGCAUGUAAGAACAGUGUUUAAUAAAGAACAUUGUUCAUGUGCUUUUCAAAGGUGUUACAAUUGGUUUUCACAUUUACUUGUGAGAUAGAUGUGCAAAAUCACGCCAAGACUAUGCCGAGCUAGAUUUGUCCAUUUGGUGCACUUGUGUUCACGUAGAUUUGCGUCUAGUUUUAAAUUUUCAGUCAAGUUCUAAGAGGCUAAUUUUAAAUUUUAGAAGUAUGAAACCUAUUGUUAUCUAAAUAUUUCUGCAAUAAAAGACGAGGUGUACUUCAACAAUGUUAUUUAGCUUACUUUGCGCCUUUUAAUGGCAGUUAAUUCAGAGCACUUUGAUAACUUACAGUUCAGUUGGCAAAUGGGGCACACAUGAAUCAGGAUGUCGUGACAAGCUGAAGUAUCAUUUCCUACAGUUUUUCUUAGAUAAGGUUCAAGCACGUUUUCUUGUAAUUUUAGUACGCUUGCGUGCAGAAACGUGUAUUGCGUGUUCAGUCCAACCAUAUCCGUAGCGAAUGGCAGCAGUGGUCUUUUGCUUCCUGUUAGGAAUCACUAGUAGUAAUUAAAGACUGUAAUCGGAUUAUAUUCGGUCAUUUUAAUGUCGAAACAAGUUAAAACAGUCAACGCUAAAAAAAAUAAGUGUCGUGCACAAGUCUUGGAGCACGAAGAAACUAAUGAAUGCUUGACAGUUUAGGUUUGCGGUCGGAUGUACGUAUCUAGGGCGUUCACGUGUGAUAGCAAUAAAACUAGGGAACUUUGUAACGUUAAAAAGAAUGAUUAGAACGGUUGUGAUGAACGAAAGUAGGACUCCAAUAAAGUGAAGAAAACGA